CCCGGCCCGUUCCUGAUUGCUCCUCGUGUUCCCUGCCUCUGCCUCCGCCUCCGCCAUUCUCAUCGCCUCGUCGCAGUGACUCCCCAGCUCAGUUCGAUCAAACUCCUUUUCUCUUCCUCUUCAACAUUAGACACUCGCUCGCGAUCAAUUUCCAUGAUCAAGGGAAUGAAGUCACGAUCCAAGGCUCGUUCGAUAUCGCCCUGGCCUAACCUCCGUCCGGCAAGUUUCCUCGUUCCCGGCGAGCAAAACCCUAGACGAAAUCGGCCAUUCCGAACCCGGACUAGCUCCUCCAAGUCCAUUUCGUAUGAGAAUCUUUGUAGCUCACAAAAGAAAUAUUUGGAUCCUUGUCCGUACGUGGAAACCAAUGCCUAUAGCUACCAUCCAACAACCGCUCUGUGAGGACAAGAAAGCAGAAGGGACGGACACUGAGAGAGAUGACCAAGUUAGAAUCAUCGCCAGGAUUGGAAUGUAAUGUUUGCUUGCCCCUUUGUUUCAAUGGGGGGGUUUUGCCGCUUAUUACUAUUGUCCCCUUCCCCUUCUCUCCCCCGAAACACCUUUCUCGUUCUCCGGCCGUUUCUUUCAAGGAUUUGCUCCCGGUCGGUGUUGGCGAAUCAGCAGGGGAACCGACGGUACCGGCCAAAAGACUGAACAUCAGAAGAUUGCAUUUCACUUGGGAUGGUGGUUUCAGAGGUAUUUUCUUGAAGGACACAUCAUAACUCGAUUUCAGGUGAAGGAGUAAAAAUUAGCAGAAACUUCGAAACAAAUGGCUGUUUCAAGCCCCAACUCUUCAAGGACAGAGCACAAUUCAAGUAAGGUUUAUGUUGCGCCCUGAAGCAUCCAACAUCCUAUUCCGGAGUCCAGCUGAUGAUGCAGUUACCCAGUUGAUCUGACAGUAUUGUCUAAGAUUAACUCUGGCCGCAGACGUUUGCUUUCGAAUUCAGCCAUUGCCAUGCGUACGUGGCCUAUCUGAAAAUACUAAAGGUACGCCGGAUCCCCAAAUGAAGAGUUAAGAGGACAGAAGGUUGUGGCACCGGUGAACAGGCGCGCAGAUAGGAACCAGCGGCGGAGGCAAGUGUACGAAUAAUGGCAUUGCCCUGGCCGGAACUCCCCUGUUUCCCAGCCUAUCUCCUCGUAUGUGUCCAGCUGGUUUUUCUCGGCGUUCUAUUACUCGCUUCCCUUCUCCAACUAUUCAAACAAAAGAACAAUCAUGAAGAUGGCAUCACUACCAAUGGGAACACCAAAAUAUAUGCCAACGGUGAUCAUGACGGCGACGAGGAGCCACCAGAAAACCCAACGGCCGACCGGCAGCAGACAGCUAAAUGCGGGAUCCCUACCAAAACAAGCAUCGCAUGUACCAUUCUGUUGCUGGCUGUCCACUGCCUCUUGCUGCUUUCCAUGCUCCUCUCGUUCAGCGGCCACAACAUCAUUUCCCCUGCUCUUGCUGGCAGCUGCAGUUCUAGAAUCGGAACCCUUGCGUCCGAGAUUGCACAGGUGUUAUCGCUGGCUGCAAGCCUAUUUGCUAUCCGAAACGUUAUCAAGGCCGAAUCCACCAUGUUCCCAUGGAUGUUGAGAGCAUGGUGGAUCUGCGGGUUCCUGUUGUCAGCAUCAUCCGCCUCUCUUUCCACUUACCUCAGAACCACACACCCCGGCAAGAAGCUCGAAUUGCCAGACUACGUCAACUUCCUAUCUCUCUCAUUGUCAUCAUUCCUAUUCGGAAUCUCGAUCCACGGCAAGACCGGCAUCGCCACGGCCACGGCCACAUUCUCUUCUGAUAUGAAGGAGCCCCUCCUUCCUGCGGAGGGGCAGAGCAAGCAGAGAACCCGAUCACCAUACGGAGAUGCCACGCUCCUGCAGCUGGUCACUUUCUCCUGGCUCAACCCGCUGUUCAGUGUCGGGAUAAAGAAGCCUUUAGAACAGGAUGACAUUCCAGACGUCGGAAUCAACGAAUCCGCGGCAUUUCUCUCCUCUGCCUUCGCAGAGUGCCUUGACAGAGAAACAGAGAGGCAACAGAGCAGCGAUAACACAGAUGAUGCUGGUGGCAGUAGUAGUAGUCCAUCCAUCUACAGAGCAAUCUUCCUACUUGUACGCAGGAAAGCAGCAAUCAACGCAUUCUUCGCGAUGGCCAGCGCGACGGCAUCGUACGUCGGCCCUUACCUCAUCAACGAUUUCGUCGACUUCCUCAGCCGGAAGAAGGAACGCAGCUUGACGAGCGGGUACCUCAUAGCACUGGGAUUCCUCUGCGCCAAAAUUGUUGAAACCGUAACGCAACGGCAGUGGAUAUUCGGGGCUCGGCAGCUCGGCCUCCGCCUCCGUGCAGCUCUGACCACUCGCAUUUACGCCAAGGGGCUUGUCCUGUCUGCGCGCUCCCGUCAGGGGCACACCAGUGGCGAGAUCAUCAACUACAUGAGCGUCGAUGUCAACAGGAUCACCGAUUUCAUAUGGUACGUCAACACGGUGUGGAUGCUGCCGAUUCAAAUUUCCCUAGCGAUUUACAUCCUCAGGACCAAUCUUGGAGCGCCAGGGUCGCUGGCGGCUCUGGCUGCGACUCUGCUCGUCAUGUCGUGUAAUGUUCCCCUGACAAGGAUGCAGAAGUCGUAUCAGACCAAGAUUAUGGAAGCGAAAGAUGGCAGGAUGAAGGCCACCUCCGAGGUGCUGCGGAACAUGAAGACCAUCAAGCUUCAAUCUUGGGACUCUCAGUUUCUCGGGAAGCUGAAAUGCUUGAGGGAGGUAGAGCGGAGCUGGUUGUGGAAGUCUCUCAGACUUACUGCCAUCACUGCUUUCAUCUUCUGGGGCUCUCCGGCAUUCAUCUCGACGAUCACGUUCGGGGCUUGUUUGAUGAUGGGGGUGCCGCUGACAGCCGGGAGGGUUCUGUCUGCUUUGGCAACGUUCCGGAUGUUGCAGGAUCCAAUCUUCAACUUGCCCGAUUUGUUGUCCGUGAUUGCACAGGCGAAAGUUUCGGCGGACAGGAUUACUUCCUACUUGCAGGAGGAGGAAGUUCAGCAGGAUGCAGUGGAGUAUGUUCCUCCUGGGGGCGAUGAACGGUUCGAUGUUGAAAUAGAGAGCGGGAAGUUCAGCUGGACUCCCGAAUUAGUAAGCAGUAGAAGCAGCAGUAACGUGACCUUAGAUGGGAUUGAUCUGAGAGUGAAGAGAGGAAUGAGGGUGGCAGUGUGUGGGACGGUUGGUUCGGGAAAAUCGAGCCUGCUUUCGUGUAUCUUAGGGGAAAUACACAAGCUGUCAGGAACCGUGAAGGUGAGGGGAACAAAAGCAUAUGUACCUCAGUGUCCAUGGAUAUUGACUGGGAGCAUUAGGGACAACAUUCUGUUUGGGAAGGCAUACGAGAGCGAGCGGUAUGAGAGGACUGUGCAAGCAUGCGCGAUGGUAAAGGAUUUCGAGCUAUUCUCGUGCGGGGAUUUGACUGAGAUCGGGGAAAGAGGGAUAAACAUGAGCGGAGGGCAGAAGCAGAGGAUACAAAUUGCUCGCGCUGUGUAUCAGGAUGCAGACAUUUACCUAUUAGAUGAUCCUUUCAGUGCAGUCGAUGCUCAUACCGGUACUCACCUCUUUCAGGAUUGCCUUAUGGGAAUAUUGAGAGACAAAACUAUAAUAUAUGUUACCCACCAGGUCGAGUUUCUACCUGCAGCAGACGUAAUUGUGGUGAUGCAAAAUGGAAAGAUCGCGCAAACAGGGAAGUUCGAUGAACUUAUGAAACAAAAUGUAGGAUUUGAAGCUUUAGUUGGUGCUCACAGCCAGGCUCUGGAGUUAGUUCAUGCAGUCGAAAGUUCAACGCAGCAAACCACAUCCUUAUUAGUUGCCGACCAGGAAGAAAAUUCCGAUCCAAGUAGAACGAGCAAGCCAUGCCAACAACAACAACGAGACCCUGUUGGGGUGGGUACUGAUAAUCAAAGUGGGAAACUAGUGCAAGACGAAGAAAGAGAGACGGGAAGCAUUGGGAAAGAAGUGUACUGGUCCUACUUGACUGCUGUGAAAGGUGGAGUCUUGGUUCCAUUUAUAGUAUUGGCCCAGUCAUCAUUUCAGGUGUUGCAAAUAGCAAGUAACUACUGGAUGGCUUGGGCUUGUCCUCCCACAAGCGAUAGCAACGAACCUGCAGUCGGGUUAGGGAUGGAUACCAUUCUACUCGUGUAUACGUUGUUGGCUGCUGGAAGUGCGCUAUGCGUCCUAGUCAGGGCCAUCCUAGUUACUACAGUAGGUCUCUCCACCGCGGAGAAACUCUUCACUGAUAUGCUGCACAGUGUCAUCAGGGCUCCAAUGCAGUUCUUUGAUUCAACCCCGACAGGCAGAAUCUUGAACCGAGCAUCCACUGAUCAAAGUGUGCUAGACUUGGAAAUAGGGCAGAGAUUAGGAUGGUGCGCCUUCUCGAUAAUACAGAUUCUGGGUACCAUUGCCGUAAUGUCUCAAGUUGCUUGGGAAGUAUUUGUCAUCUUCAUCCCAGUUACAGCAGUUUGUAUAUGGUACCAGCAAUACUACACACCAACGGCUCGAGAGUUGGCCCGCCUAUCAGGAAUCCAAUUGACUCCAAUACUUCACCAUUUCUCGGAGUCACUAGCUGGAGCAGCCACAAUCCGUGCAUUUGGUCAUGGUGAACGAUUCAUCACCGGGAACCUCGGUCUUGUAGACAACUACUCCAGGCCAUGGUUUCACAAUGUAUCAGCAAUGGAAUGGCUCUCUUUCAGAUUGAACGUGUUGUCCAAUUUUGUUUUUGCUUUUUCAUUGGUUCUGCUAGUGACACUCCCGGAAGGAAUCAUCAACCCUAGCAUUGCAGGAUUGGCUGUAACAUACGGCAUAAACUUGAAUGUCCUGCAGGCUUCAGUUAUAUGGAACAUAUGCAAUGCCGAGAACAAGAUGAUCUCUGUAGAAAGAGUGCUUCAGUACACAAACAUAAAGAGUGAAGCACCCCUAGUGAUCGAAGAUCGCAGACCACCACCCAACUGGCCCAGUAUCGGAACAAUUUGCUUCAAGAACUUACAGAUACGAUACGCGGAGCAUCUCCCAUCUGUGUUGAAGAACAUAAGCUGUACAUUUCCAGGGAAGAGGAAAAUCGGGGUCGUUGGGAGGACAGGGAGUGGGAAAUCGACACUAACACAAGCAAUCUUCAGGAUGGUAGAAGCAAGAGAAGGCAGUAUAAUCAUCGACGACAUAGACAUUUCGAAGAUAGGACUCGAUGACUUGAGAUCGAGACUAAGCAUCAUCCCUCAGGACCCUACCAUGUUUGAGGGAACAGUAAGAGGGAACCUCGACCCGUUAUGCCAAUACACCGACUUUGAUGUGUGGGAGGCUUUAGCAAAAUGUCAGCUGGGAAGUCUGGUGCAGGAAAAAGACGAAAAGCUGGAUGCUUCAGUGACGGAGAAUGGAGAGAACUGGAGUGCAGGGCAGAGACAAUUGUUCUGUCUAGGGAGAGCCCUGCUGAAAAAGAGUAGCAUACUUGUGCUGGACGAAGCGACAGCGUCAGUCGAUUCGACGACCGACGGAGUCCUACAGAAGGUGAUCAGUGAAGAGUUCAAGGAUCGAACAGUUGUGACAAUAGCUCACAGAAUCCACACUGUCAUUGAUAGCGAUCUCGUGUUGGUGCUUAGUGAUGGACGAAUUGCAGAGUAUGAUACUCCCAGAAUGCUGCUACAGAGACGGGAUUCGUUUUUUUCGAAUCUUAUAAAAGAGUACUCUACCAGAUCAUCACACAUGAAUUUGAAUCUAACAUAAGCUUUUGUAAGGUUCGGCCGAGGUGUUGGUGCCCUACAUAGGAUCUCUAUUAGGACUAGUAUAAACAUAAUUUCAUGGAUAAACCUUCUUCCCAUGGUGUCAUCUUGCUUACAUCGUUGCUUCUGAACAUGAUACCCUGGUGUUGUUGCUUUCUCAGCAGGACAAAUUGUUCAACUUCGUCCUACAUUCGUAAUUUCAUACAUCGAUUAUAUCGAAUAUGACUUCGUCGUGAUGGAAAUUGUCUUUUUCAUCU